CCCAUAUUUUUUCCACGGGCGUCGCUGCCUUCAAAGACAUGUUCGGGCUGGUGCUAUUCUCCCUUUGCGUCGCUGGGUGGGUGGCCUCUACGCCCACGGGAGAUGCCACUGCCUCUACGCUCACGGGAGAUGCCACUGCAUCUCCGCCCUACGCCCACGAGAAGUGCCCCUGCGCCGCCCUUCGUGUGGAAGAUGUCGCUCACUUGCUCGCCGACGUCAGGAACAGCUCUGAAGGUGACACUACAGUGAUGGCGCAAAUAAAACAACUGUCCCAGACGCAGAAAACGCAGACUCUGGAACUAAAUCAAGGUCUGCGUGAGGUCAGGACCGGCAUGCAACACCUGACUGGAGUCCUCUCUCCCUUGUUGCAGGAGGACGGCAUCUUCGGCAGAGAAAUCCGUAGUUGCACAAACAUCAGCGAAGCAUUGCAGACAAGGACAAGCCUCAACGAGAACCUAAUCCGGGAACAGCAAGAAGCGAACGCCCAGCUGGAGGCAAAGCGCAGGGAGAUGGAGGAGAGAAUCCGCCAGGCAAGGAUCACCAAGCAACGGUUGCAAGAACAGAUCCUCCAACUACAGACGGAUGAGCUGCAACUGAAACACGAAGAAGUGCAGAUUAAAACGAAGAACCUCGAAGCCAAGUCCGCACUUCAGAAGGCAGUAGGAGAGGAAGCCCAACUGAAUAGCGAGAUUGGUCUGCUCGAACAAGAGCUUCAACUUGUCAAGGAGCGAGACCAACACAUUACAACCCUAGCUGAUAUUCUUAAGCAAAAUGCUACGCAGGCUAUCAGUGCUAAAAACACUUUAAUACAGAAUAAAAACGACCAAGCGAAUGUGGUAACCUCCCUGAGUCAGACACUAAAUGACACAGCACACAUGAUAAAUCACUUAUCGCAAGAAUAUAACCAACUGAGAGAGAAACAAAAACAAAUCUACGCAGCCGGCCAGAGCCUCAAGGAAACGAAACAACACUUGGAACAAAAGCGAAGCGCUCUUACCACUCAAAGAGCAAAAUUGAGCGCCAGUGUACACCAAGUGACGGAAGAGAAAGAGCGACUUCUGUUGAAUAUUGAAACACUGAACAUGGAUCUGGACCAAAUUGAAUUUAACCUCAGGAAAGCAGAGCAGGAUCUUUCUACCUGUGAUCGCUGGAGUGAUAUCGACUGGGUAUUUUAAUAAAAUUUGACAAUUAUGGCUUGGCUGAUAUUGUGUUAAUUACAUGCAUCCAUUAUCUCACAGCUUAAUAAUAUCAGAUCCCUAACAUAAGAGUAUGCAUAAGAGGCUGCAAAAUCCUCUAUUAAUAUACUUUUUAUACUGAUCACUUUUGGAAACAUAGAUAAAGAAAUUCUUCCUGUGACUUUCUUUUAUUAUUAUUGACAGGGAGAGUGUAGGUGGCAGCCACUCUCUGUACCUUGCUUAAAUAUGCAAGUUAUCACACAUUUCUUCAGGGAUGAACGUAGACGUGUGGAAGUCCCUCGUUCUCGGGGAAAGACAGAACUGAAGUCAUCAAUUGAAAGCAAACAUUUUCAUUAAUAAAUUUCAACGUUGUUAGUUCUGUACAGCUAAAUUGCAAUCGAAAUUUCUUAAAAUAGAUACAUCUUGAUAAUCGGGUUUUACAAUAAAAUCUCAUUAAACUA